AAAAACAGGUAAUAGAUAAAAAGGUUUCUUCAAAGAUCGUCGACGGUCGAUUCUCUCCCGAUUUAAGCUUUUGUAAGGAUUUUCUUGUUUGAAAUCUUACAUAACUUUUUCAACAUUAAAUUUUUUUGGUUGUUCGUUUAUUGUUUUCCCACGAAAGCUUCAUCUAUCACAGUUAUAUUAUUAUCCGUAGUUUGGGUGAGCUUGGACGAUGGAGCCUUUUGAUGUGAAUAAGACGGUAGAAACGUUGGAGCCUGAAGUGAGCAAUGGCGGCAGCGGAUUGUUUGUUCCAAAGGAUAGACCCAAGUAUAUAGCUCCUGCUAGCAAGAAGUCUGUUUUAGGUUUGGACAUUCGCGCCAAUGAGAAGCAAGGAGGUUCUAAAGUUGAUGGUGGAUUCAAGGUUCCAAAAGAAAAAAUCGCCUCCAUUGUGGCAUCUAUUGGUGAAGAUGAGGGAUUUGAAUCUUCUGGAGUUGAAGAAACUAAAAGUACUAUUACAAAUGGUACCCGCAGCCACACUAGCAGACGCUAUCGUGAUAAGGCAGCCAGCACAACAAAUAAUGCAGAAAGUACAAUUACUGUAGAUAGACGAGGCAAUGGUGAUACAUUUGGGACUCCUCGCUCAAGCGAACAUAGGAGUUCAGAUGUUCCAGCGUCAUCUAGUCAGAGUUCCCAUGGUGUCUCUUCUAAGAGUCCAAGGUAUGAGAAAGAUGAGCGUGGUACAGAGAGAAGAGGUUUCAGAGAUGAUUCUAGAAGUGAGAACAGCUAUACAAGAAAAAGGCACUAUUAUGAUAAUAGAAGAGACACUCAUGGUCGAUUUGAAGAAGAUUAUGGAAGAAGCCGAAGUAGAUAUGAAAGUAGGAGGACACCUGGCAGAUCUGAUUGGGAUGAUGGGAGAUGGGAAUGGGAAGAUACUCCACGCCGGGAAAGUUACUCUGGUAGUAGCAGGCGCCAUCAACCUUCUCCAUCUCCAAUGUUAGUUGGGGCUUCUCCUGAUGCUAGAUUAGUUUCUCCAUGGAUGGGAGAUCGUACUCCUCAUUCAAGUGCUGGCGUUGCCUCUCCCUGGGACCAUGCAUCUCCUUCUCCAGUUCCGAUACGAGCCUCUGGAGCAUCAGUGAAAUCUUCAAGUUCUAGAUAUGGUCGGACAUCUCAUCAGCUUAGCUUUUCAAGGGAAAGUUCACAAUCAUUUGAGGAUGAAGCAGAUAAGACAGGUUCAGCAGAGGAACAUAAUUACGAGAUUACAGAAAGUAUGCGCUUGGAGAUGGAGUACAAUUUUGACCGUGCAUGGUAUGAUAGAGAAGAAGGAAACACCAUGUUCGAUGCUGAUAGUUCGUCAUUUUUUCUAGGGGAUGAAGCUUCAUUCCAAAAGAAAGAAGCUGACUUGGCCAAAAGACUGGUUCGAAGAGAUGGGACUAGGAUGUCGCUUGCUCAGAGCAAAAAGUUGUCUCAGCUUACUGCUGAUAAUGCUCAGUGGGAAGACCGGCAGCUUUUGAGAUCUGGAGCUGUUAGAGGUACUGAGGUGCAAACCGAGUUUGAUGAUGAGGACGAACGCAAGGUGAUUCUUCUUGUACAUGAUACAAAACCUCCAUUCUUGGAUGGAAGAAUUGUUUUCACCAAACAAGCAGAGCCAAUCAUGCCCAUAAAAGAUCCUACAUCAGAUAUGGCUAUAAUUUCGCGCAAAGGAUCUACCUUGGUUAGGGAAAUUCAUGAGAAGCAAAGCAUGAACAAGUCACGCCAACGAUUUUGGGAGCUGGCAGGCUCUAAGCUUGGUGAUAUCCUUGGAGUUGAGAAAACAGCAGAACAGAUUGAUGCUGACACUGCUAAAGUAGGUGAACAUGGUGAAAUUGAUUUCAAGGAAGAUGCCAAAUUUGCACAGCAUUUGAAAAAGGGGCAGGCUGUUAGUGAAUUUGCAACGUCCAAAAGCAUAGCAGAACAGCGUCAAUACUUGCCCAUAUAUUCUGUGCGAGAUGAGUUACUUCAGGUGAUUCGAGAAAAUCAGGUAGUUGUUGUUGUGGGUGAAACUGGCUCUGGAAAAACAACUCAACUUACACAGUAUCUUCAAGAAGAUGGGUACACUAUGAAUGGUAUAGUUGGUUGUACCCAACCUAGGCGUGUUGCUGCUAUGAGUGUUGCAAAAAGAGUUAGUGAAGAGAUGGACACUGAGUUGGGUGAUAAAGUUGGCUAUGCCGUACGUUUUGAAGAUGUUACUGGGCCAAACACCAUUAUUAAGUAUAUGACUGAAGGAAUCCUCCUUCGUGAAACAUUAAAAGAUGCUGAUCUUGACAAGUAUCGCGUCAUUGUGAUGGAUGAGGCACAUGAGAGAUCACUAAGCACGGAUGUGCUUUUUGGAAUACUUAAAAAGGUGGUUGCCCAACGCCGCGAUUUCAAGCUUAUUGUGACCUCCGCAACUCUAAAUGCACAGAAAUUUUCAAAUUUUUUUGGAAGUGUACCAAUUUUCCACAUCCCUGGUAGAACAUUUCCUGUCAAUAUUUUGUACAGCAAGACUCCUUGUGAGGAUUAUGUUGAAGCUGCAGUUAAGCAGGCCAUGACCAUUCACAUCACCAGUGCUCCAGGUGACAUCCUCAUCUUCAUGACUGGCCAAGAUGAGAUUGAGGCAGCUUGUUAUGCCCUUGCAGAACGAAUAGAACAGCUCAUCUCCUCCACAAAGAAGGGGGUUUCUAAGCUUCUAAUACUCCCAAUAUACUCCCAGUUGCCAGCUGAUUUGCAGGCGAAGAUUUUCCAGAAGGCUGAAGAUGGAGCUCGCAAAUGCAUUGUUGCCACUAACAUUGCUGAGACAUCCUUGACUGUAGAUGGAAUUUUUUAUGUUAUUGACACUGGUUAUGGUAAAAUGAAAGUCUAUAACCCUAAGAUGGGUAUGGAUGCUCUUCAAGUUUUCCCUGUGAGUCAUGCUGCUGCUGACCAGCGUGCAGGACGUGCUGGUAGAACUGGGCCAGGCACAUGUUAUAGGUUGUAUACGGAGAGUGCAUACUUAAAUGAGAUGCUGCCUGCUCCUGUACCCGAGAUACAGAGGACCAAUCUUGGCAACGUGGUGUUGCUGCUUAAGUCUCUUAAAAUAGACAACUUGCUGGAUUUUGAUUUCAUGGAUCCACCACCCCAGGAAAAUAUCCUUAAUUCUAUGUACCAGUUAUGGGUCUUGGGCGCACUUAACAAUGUUGGGGGCUUGACUGAAAUUGGAUGGAAAAUGGUGGAGUUCCCAUUGGAUCCCCCGCUUGCCAAGAUGCUAUUGAUGGGUGAACAGUUAGGAUGCUUGGAUGAGGUUUUGACCAUUGUUUCAAUGCUUUCAGUCCCAUCAGUGUUCUUCCGACCUAAGGAUAGAGCGGAGGAGAGUGAUGCAGCAAGAGAAAAAUUUUUUGUACCAGAAUCUGAUCACUUGACAUUGCUUAAUGUUUAUCAGCAAUGGAAAGCUAAUCAAUAUCGUGGAGACUGGUGUAAUGACCAUUUUCUGCAUGUUAAAGGAUUAAGGAAAGCCAGAGAGGUGAGAUCUCAACUAUUAGAUAUUCUGAAGACACUGAAAAUCCCACUAACAUCCUGUGGAUAUGAUUGGGAUGUUGUCAGGAAAGCCAUCUGUUCUGCAUACUUUCACAAUGCUGCUAGAUUAAAGGGCGUAGGGGAGUAUGUUAAUAGCAGGAAUGGAAUGCCAUGCCAUUUGCACCCGAGCAGUGCUCUUUAUGGUUUAGGUUAUACUCCGGAAUAUGUUGUUUAUCAUGAAUUGAUUUUGACAGCAAAGGAGUACAUGCAGUGCGUUACAGCAGUGGAGCCUCAGUGGCUGGCUGAACUAGGUCCCAUGUUCUUUUCUGUGAAGGACUCAGAUACAACGUUGUUGGAGCAUAAGAAAAAACAGAAGGAGGAGAAAACAGCCAUGGAGGAGGAAAUGGAAAAUCUGAGGAAGAUGCAAGCCGAGGCAGAGAGAGAAGGCAAAAAGAAGGAGAGACAGCAGAGAGCAAAGCAGCAGCAACAAGUUUCAAUGCCUGGGUUGCGGCAGGGUUCUUCUACUUAUCUAAGACCAAAGAAGUUCGGCUUGUAAAUGUAAUUACAUUGUAUUCACUUGUUGAAAAUUUACAGAACUGUCCCUAGUGAUUUGUAGUUACCCUUGAUCUAGAGAUUGUUUGUAUUUAUACAUGAUACGGCAAAAUGAAAUUAGUUAUUGCUGUGUCA